CUGCGCGCAGGGCACGGAGCCGGGCACGAGGCACGGAGCCAGCUGCGGUCACGGGGUGCGCCGCUCCACGGGGAAGUGCUGGCGAUGGGACUGCGUGAGCCACCGCUUCAUCAGCAAUGGUCACAUGAAAGUCAUUCGGUUUUCCCCGCGCAUGCUGUGACAUGGAGGUGGUGACAUCAGCCCUGCCUAUCAGUCACCCCCGGUGGGGCCGCGGCACAUCCGCACUCCUCGCCACGCUGGGCAGCACCAAUACUGGAUCUCCAUCCCUCAGCAGUCACGCUGUGUGGGUGUCACUGCACCUGAGCACACAGCAGCGCCGACACAGCAGGCACUCCCUGCCCACCACGCACUGUGCCCAGCACUGUUGGAGCCACGCACACCCUGGUGCACGCCGUGCUGGCAGGGCACAUCACCGCAGGGCACCCAGGCACCCUCCACCCUGCUUCAGGCUGUCUGCCACCAGCCGGGUGCCACAAGGACACAGCAUUUUUCACCCCGCGGAUGCCACAGAUGCAGCGGAUAAAUGCUGGUGAUUUCCCAGCUGUUCCUCUGCCCUCGGUGGAAGAAGUGCCCCUGCGCCAUCCCAUCCGAGGUCUGAGCACACUGGAAUGCUGUACAGCUCUGUGCUCAGGCUCCUGACACCAGCUGCACACCCACAGGGUUGGAGCUGCACUGGGGACCUGGGGGUCUGCAGAGGAUCCAGCCCAGAAGCGCAGAGGGGUGUUUGGGGGCGCUCAGAGGGAGCUCCACAGCCACGGGCACAGCCUUGGGCACAGCCCCUUCCCCACACAUCCCCCUGCGCAGUCCCACAACUGCUCCCCCCUGUUCCCAGACCCCCUCCUGUGUCUCAUUAGCUGACGAGCUCCCAGGUAAUGAGUUUUGCGGCCCUGCUGGGCAGGCACUUCCCACCUCCCUCAGUGUUUAGACAAGUGCUGGAGCGCGGCCGGGGCUGGGGUCAGAGCCCCUGCAGAGCAGUGCCUGCAGCUCCCUAUCGGGGAGCCGGGAUCCCCUGCUCCCUCCAUGCUGUGCUGAUGGAAUGCAGCACAGGGCACUGCGCUGAGGGUGCAGGGAUAGAUUUUGGAGGCCAGGAACCCAGAUCCAAACCUGAGCACUCCUGCAGCUCCCAUCCCAUCUUGGCACCCUCCUGCCCAGCACCAGCUCUUAACCCCAGGAUCUCCCACCCACAGUUCUACUGGCUGAGCCCAAAGGCCGCAGGCAGGACCUGUGCCCUGGAGCACCUCACCACAGUGCUGCCCACAUGCUGGGGUCAGGGCCUGGGGUUUGCCACAGCUGGGCAAGCAGCAUAGCUCACUGCGUGUCCACAAUCACACCGAUAGUGUGCCCAGUUGCAUGUAAGCAUCUCAGGGACACACAGCAGCAUCCCACAGAGUCAGGGAGACUGAAGCAGCAUGGCUGGAUGCAGAGACACUCAGGACCCCCAUCUUUCAGCCACGCAAGGGGCAGAGCGGUGCGGGGAUGCCAGAGAUGCUGGCAAUGGAAGGUCAAGGCCUUGCUGCCCCAUAGUGCCGUGCCGCAGUGCGGGUGCUGGCAGGGCUGGUCGGCACGUUAGCAUCUCUCAUGACCGUGUGAAUUGGUCCUUGCACACUUCCCAGCACUGGGCAGUGACAAUUAAGGGCUGGAGGAGUCAGAACUGACACCUCCGCAAAUGGGUCCGGCUUUCCCAGGCUCCCGGUCCAGUCCCAGCCCACACCAUGUAGGUUUUGACACCUCCAGGUGGCCACAGAAUUGCCACCUCACACCUUGGGCCCACAUAAAGCCAGGGCUGCCCAAGGACCCCCAGACGUGCGCAGCCCCAGAGUGGAGCCCACCAUGGCCGGGUCCCCACUGCCGCCCCGCAGCCUCCAGACCCCAACAGCCGCCACCCCGACACCAACCGGGGAGCUCUGCAGACCCAGCAGUGGGUCCGGGCUGCGGCAGUGCUGCGGUCCGGCGGGCAGGAGGGGAUCAGGGGCGGCCGGGGGCUCACGGCAGAGCGCCAGCGAGAGGGAGAAGCUGCGGAUGCGGCGGCUGGCGCAGGCCAUGCACCGGCUGCGGCACUACCUACCACCCGCGCUGGCGCCCGCCGGGCAGAGCCUCACCAAGAUCGAGACCCUGCGCCUCGCCACGCGCUACAUCGCCCACCUCUCGGCGCUGCUGGGCCUCAGCGAGGAGGUGCUGCUACUGCGCCGCGGGGCGGCCGCCCGCCGCUGCCCGCUCUGCCCCGGGGGCCUGGGCUGCUGCCAGCCCCCGCAGCCCCGGCCGCGCUCCCCAGCCCUGCAGGAGAAUUCGCCCCCCGGCUCGGAGGGUUGGGGGACCCCCCCAGAGCUGCGCGGGGCUCUGGAUGCGGGGACGGGGACCUGGGGGUCGCUCUCCAACGGCCCCGUGUUGGAGACCCGUCCGCAGCUGCACGUGGUUCCUGACGUGGGGAUGGGGCUCUGGUCAUCACCGUCCUACAGCCCCACCGCGGGGACCCCCCCGGAGCUGCAUGGGACGCCGGGCUUUAUGUCACAGCCCUCACCAUCACCGCUGUGCAGCAUCAGAGCAGCGACCCUGAUUGAGCCCCCGCGGAGAUGCGCAGCAACCACAGGCACCAGGACAGGUCCCUCCUGCUGCACGGAGCCCGCAGCCCCCUCCCUGCAUCCUGGGAUGAGAGCAAAGGCCAUGGGACCUUCAGGACUCCACACAUGCGGCUCUCAGAUCGGCAGCCCCCUGGACCAGGACGUGUUCAUCUCCUCCGACGUCCACGGGACCCCUGUCCUGCCCGGCUGCAGCCCCGCACGGUGCUGGGGGUGGUGGAGCUGAUGCGGUGCCCACAGCUGAUGACGCAGCGUGGGGACAGUGCCAAGAGGCACUGCGGGACACUGGGAGGGGCUCCUCAUUAAAGCUGCUGUG